UUACUGUUUUGUUGUCUUUGUGUAAAGGAGUGGAGCUCGAUCUCGCAUCACUCUUCCCUCUUCCCCGAGUCCUUUCUAAACUCUCCCCCGGGUUUUUACCCUCCCGAACCUCUCCCCUUCUACCCUUAAAACCCCAUCCUCCCCCCGGUCAGCCAGUAGCGCUCCGAUAAGACCCGUGUCUGACCAAAGAUCCGUGGUUCUGUUCAGCCCACGACUGUUGCAGUUAUGGACUCCGGAAUGAUUGAAGGCGGACUCAAUGUCACCCUCACCAUCAGGCUGCUCAUGCAUGGCAAGGAGGUUGGAAGUAUAAUUGGAAAGAAAGGUGAAUCUGUGAAGAAGAUGAGAGAAGAGAGUGGGGCUCGAAUCAACAUCUCUGAAGGCAACUGUCCUGAACGGAUCAUCACCUUGGCAGGUCCGACGACGGCCAUCUUUAAAGCUUUCUCUAUGAUCAUAGAGAAAUUGGAAGAGGAUAUUAGCAGCUCAAUGACAAACAGUACAGCUACCAGCAAGCCUCCAGUCACCCUCCGCAUUGUAGUGCCUGCCAGCCAAUGUGGCUCACUCAUAGGAAAAGGUGGCUGCAAGAUCAAGGAAAUCCGAGAGUCAACCGGUGCUCAGGUACAAGUGGCAGGAGACAUGCUUCCCAACUCCACAGAGCGUGCCAUCACCAUUGCUGGAACCCCACAGUCAAUAAUUGAGUGUGUUAAGCAGAUCUGUGUGGUCAUGCUUGAGUCUCCCCCUAAGGGGGUCACCAUACCAUACCGACCCAAGCCUUCCGGAUCCCCCGUCAUCUUUGCUGGCGGACAGGCCUAUGCUGUACAAGGACAGCACGCGAUCCCACAGCCAGAUUCUUCCUCUGCUGCUAUUUCUCCACAGCUCACCAAGCUUCACCAGUUGGCUAUGCAGCAGAGUCCUUUCCCUAUUGCACCAGGCAACCAGGGAUACACUGGGAUAGAUGCUUCUGCUCAGACUAGUUCCCAUGAGAUGACCAUUCCAAAUGAUCUGAUUGGAUGCAUCAUUGGUCGCCAGGGAGCCAAGAUCAAUGAGAUCAGGCAAAUGUCUGGCGCCCAGAUCAAGAUUGCAAAUCCAGUGGACGGAUCCACUGACCGGCAGGUUACCAUCACCGGCUCGCCCGCCAGCAUCAGUCUGGCAGAGUACCUCAUCAAUGCAAGGCUUUCUUCUGAGGCCACAGGACUGGCAGCCAACUGAUAAGACACAGCAUCUGCACUAAAUCACACUUUUAUAUCAUCGGCUACCGUAAAAUUCAGGCAAUGCACCUAUACAACUUCAGAGUUUAUAUAAUGUAUAUCCUCUUUUCUCAUUUGAAUCAUGUCAUCCGAUUUGAUCUGCUGAGUUCCUUAUUUAUUUUCUUUGUUUCGGUUUGGUUUUAGUAAAAAAAAGAAGCAGGAAAAUUAGGUUUUUAAUUCUCAUUUUUGAGUCAAGUUACAGAUUUUAAUGUUAUUAGACUUAUUUUCUCUCUUCCUCUUCAUUUUUGUUGCCAUGACAGAUGAGUUUGAAAACUCUGAUUUAGGGCAGAUUUAGUUAGUACUGUGCAGUCAUUGAUUAUUUUUUUUUCCUUUUAAAGAGGGAAAAAAUAAAACGUAUCUAAAGUAAGAAUAGAGUGACUGUUUUAUUCUGUCUAUAUACAUUAUUUGUUUCUUCUUUUUAUUCCUGAUUGUUGGGUUUUUCAUGUACUUACUUGCUUUAAGAAUACACAGCAUCCUCACCCUGUGUCACCUUCUUCAACCGAAGUGCACCCAAAGUGCUUGUUACACUUAAUAUCACCUGAUAAAAAGACGUAGGUUUAGCUGUACCGUCAUAGAAAAUAUUUGGGUAUGAAGACGGCUGUUCUAACACUCAGAUUAAUUUAUUCAGAUGUGUAUUACAAAGCAUGUCAUGUUUUCUCUCCUCCUCAUGUCAUUCCGUUGUAUUUUUUUUUUUUUUUUUUUUUUUUUACCCUUCCUCUCUUCUGGUCCUCGGAUUAUUUGUUGAUUAUUUUACUGGUUUGGGAGGUUUUUUUGGGGGAGGGGUGUGUAUUGGGCUUGGCUCAAGGGUUCAAGAUCAGAGGGUUGUCCUCACUUUUUUUCUUUUGUAUAAAUUGAUAUAUACUGAAAAAGAAAAAAAGUUGGAAUAUUUGUUUUAAAUGGAAGAAUUAUUUUUUUUAACUACCAAAGUGGAAAUAACUUCUAGACACUGAUUUUUUUCUUUCUUGGGUCUAAUAAAUGUAUGAGGCUGAGGAGUGAACCCAAAUAAAGUCGACAAAGAAAAGGGAUGUGAGUUAACACUACAAAUUCCUGCUCUUUGCUUUGCUCAACUCAGAACCUACUCUAUAUAGAUAUAUAUUUUUUUUUUUUUUUGCAGGACAGAAAAAAAUAUUGUGCACGUUCUUUGAGACUGUAGACCUGGGUGCCACGUUGUUUAAAAAAAAAUGCAAAAAUAAAGAUGUGAAAUGCUCAAACAAAAA